AUGCAUUUUGCUUUCAUAUCCAUCUUUGUGAUAUCUGUAAAUUUCGAGGCAUUGGAUGCUAUAACGAAUGGCAUCUGGGUACAAAGCGUCUCGGAAUUGCCUUUUGCUGCGCAUUUAGAGGUGUAUGUCGGAACCUCAAAACCUUCUGAUGUGAUAGUUCGAGUUGGCGAUAUCGAUCCAGCAUCCAAAAAUAUUCAAGCAAUCAGAGCCUCCUCCCUCCACGUUCACCCCGACUACCACUUCGAAGAAGAUUACGCGAUCAAUGGAAAAUACGAAUUUCCGGUGAACGAUAUUGCCCUCAUAAAGCUGUCCCGUCGUCUGGUUUUUUCGCGGAACAUUCGGCCCAUAGCAAUCGCCAACAAGAACGAGAACUUUCCAGAAGCAGGAGUUGACGCUCGGGUUAUUGGAUGGGGAGGGAAGAGUGGCUCCGAAGGUUCCGAGAAGCUCCUAUGUACGACCGUAGAGCUAUGGAGCUAUUGGCACUGCACACAGCAGUUCCCCGGAAAACUUUUGAAGUCAGCCAUUUGUGCCUUCAAAAAGGGCAACGGACCUUGUGAGGGAGAUUCCGGAAGCCCGCUUUUUCUGAACCACAAUGGGACUCGAAUCCAAAUCGGUGUUGUCUCCAGUGGCCUGGAAGAUGAAUGCACUAAUGAGAAGUAUGCUUCCUCCUACACCGAAGUGUCGAAAUUUUGCGCGUGGAUCGAGCUGACGGUUAAGGAGAAGAUUUGCCUUUACACU